UCUCUCUCUCUCUGGGCAGCAGAGGCACUGGUGUGGCUGGGCUCCCUUCUCCUGGAGCCGGAGGAGGACGAGGAGGAGCAGGGCUCCCAGCAGCCGGAGCCGCCAGGGGCAUGGGCGGCGUGGGCCUUGGGGCUGUCUGGCGCUGGCGAUGAAGGCCCUCCGCCUUCCCGGGGGACCAUGGGCACCGCCGUCUCCAAACGCCGCUCCCUCCGCCACGAAGCCGUGGCCUCGGUGGCGGCCAAAGUCCGAGCGGCAAGGGCCUUUGGAGAUUAUCUUUCCCAAAACCAUCCAGAGGGCAAAAAUGGUUCAGAUCACUUACUGGCGGAAUCCUACAUCGGGCAGGAAGACUCUCCUGAAAUGCACCAAGCGACCCAGAACAAGCGCCGGCUGUCGCUCAUUUCCGACGGCAAGUUUGAGCGGAGCUUUUCGGAAGAACAUGGUGAGAAGAUGAUGAGCGAGGGCCCCAAGCCGCGCGUCUACACCAUCUCCGGGGAGAGGCCCAUGCUUUCCCAGCACCAAAGUGAGAGCAUGGAGUUGGUGGUCAUCAAAGGAGCUGGGCAAGAGGAGGAAGAGGAGGAGGAUGUAGAAGAAGAGGAGGAAGAACAUUGCUCCCAGGGCCAGCCGCUACAGAACGGGGGAAGUUCCCAGAACAUCAACAGGCAUUGCAAAGGGAGCUGGGCCAGCAGCCGCCAAGUUUCCAAGGAAUGUCCUGGCUGCGUCCAGUUGGCCACACCUUCUCAGCCCAGCUUUGAUCUGGAGCAUCAUCAUCACCAUCAUCAUCAUCACCACCAUCACCAAGCGGGAGAGACAGGUUGGCGCCGGAAAAAGCUGGAGAGGAUGUAUAGCAUCGAUCGUGUCUCAGAUGAAGUUCCUAUCAGGACCUGGUUUCCCAAAGAGAACCUCUUUACUUUCCAAACCGCUACAACAACUAUGCAAGCCAUCUCGGCAUUCAGGGGCUACGCGGAGAGGAAGAGACGGAAGCGCGAGAAUGAUUCUGCAACUCUGAUCCAGAGAAAUUUCAGGAAGCAUCUACGCAUGGUGGGGAGCCGACGCAUGAAGGCACAGACCUUUGCCGAGCGGCGAGAGAGGAGCUUCAGCCGGUCCUGGAGCGACCCCACUCCCAUUAAGCCCGAAAACCUCAAUGAUUCCCGAGAAAGCCAUGAGGUGCAGGAUUCCUGCUGCGUGGAGGAGAAGGGUGUGGACUUGAACUGGGAGGCAGAGAAAGAACUUGAAGCUGCAGCCUGCAGUGGAGAAGACUUCAUCCCACCCAAGAUCAUGCUCAUUUCCUCCAAGGUGCCCAAAGCGGAGUACGUCCCCACAAUCAUCCGCCGGGACGACCCAUCCAUCAUCCCCAUUCUCUAUGAUCAUGAGCACGCCACCUUUGAUGACAUUUUAGAAGAAAUCGAGAAGAAACUGAACAUCUAUCGCAAGGGCUGCAAAAUCUGGAAGAUGUUGAUUUUUUGUCAGGGUGGGCCUGGACACUUGUACCUUUUGAAGAAUAAAGUCGCCACUUUUGCAAAAGUGGAGAAAGAGGAAGACAUGAUCUAUUUCUGGAAGCGGCUGGGCCACCUGAUGAGCAAACUGAAUCCAGAGCCAAAUGUUAUUCACAUCAUGGGGUGCUACGUCUUGGGGAACCACAAUGGAGAGAAGCUGUUCCAAAACCUGAAGAACCUAAUGAGCCCCUGCAGCGUAACUUUUGAAUCGCCUCUCGAACUCUCUGCUCAAGGAAAGCAAAUGAUUGAAACCUAUUUUGACUUCCGCCUUUACCGCCUCUGGAAGACUCGGCAGCACUCCAAGCUGCUGGAUUACGACGACAUCUUAUGAGGGCAUCCGACAGCAGUUUGGUUUUCUUGGUGUCCCAAGUGGCUGAGCGGUGUGUGCCGAGAGAGACCUUUUUCAUGGGUGAAAAGGCAUUUGGAGCCCGAGGAUGGCACAGCAGAGCUAAACAGGAGCCUGGUCAGGAUGGCGAGAGGCUUGGAGGGAGCUGCCUUCUAUUUCGGAUGUGGCGUGGAGUGGCAUGUACGUCUGAUGGUGGGAACACUGUGGAACAGGACCGGAUGGCAAAUCCGCACCGGACUGAGCUGAUUUAGGUCACAGAAGGGCCAAACGCCACUUCAGGUCCUUUACAAAAGACAUUCCAUGCUCAGGUUUUCUUAAAUAUAAAAACAUUGACUGGUCAUUCUUCUUUUUUUCCUCCCUCCUUGUGCUGCUGGAUAAGGGAGGAGCCUCAUCUGUUUGCAAGACCUUCCUUGUUGGGAUGCACAGAUGCCGCCUCUCUUUUUGGAGGCAAAGAACGCUACCCUUGACCCCGUGUGCUUUUGAGAUGUGAGGUUUCCGAAGCCUUUGGUGUGAAUUAGGCAAAAUUCAGAUUUUCAAAGUGUGUUUGUUUUAAUAGGGUAGAAAAACACACACACACACACACACGUACAUAUAUAUAUAUAUAUAUAUAAGUGCAAUUUUUAUAUGAAUAGAAGGAAUAUUUAAUUAGCUGUUGCUGUAAACACACACCAGUAACUGAUAGAUGAAAUAUUUUUGGUCUGCUUGAAAAUAUAUUUGAAAUAGUAAUAUAUCUUCUGUAGACAUACAUAUAUAUAUAUAUAUAUAUGUAAACACCAGCAGAAUGGGUUUUCACAUGCUGCUUUGCAGACCUGCAUGUCUGCAGCGUGUUCUGGUUCAGCUUCUAGAAGAGCCAUGGAGAGACACUCACUGUAGGCUCCCUGAAGAGUGACCUUUGUUUGUUCGUCUUAGGAGCAGUCUCCUUAUUUGUAGCUUGUCAAAACUACAGCUCUGCCAACCACCUUUAGUUCCGAAAUACGGCUGACGUGGCCAUUUCCGUGAGAUCUUGACCCGUUUCCGUGAUCUUAUAUUGUUACAAACUAACUAGAAACGAAUAGCCAUGUUCGAAAGACUAACUCUCUUUCUCUCUUCUGCACUUAUUCUUGCUGGGGCUUCUCCCUCCCACCAAAAAGACUGAUUUUAAUAUCUAGAGCAGAGGAUGUCAGGUCAAUUUCAGAGAGAAUGCUUUAGUGCAGUUUUUAAAUACUGGAGUACUGUUCCCCCCACAUUUUUUGUGGGGUGGAGCUUGGCAUAAAGUUGAGAAUUUGCUGUUGGUUAAUAGGCAAAAGCUAUCUCCAGGAUGCUUUGAUUUAGAUUUCCUGCAUGGCAGGGGGUUGGACUGGAUGGCCCUUGCAGUCUCUUCCAACUCUAUGAUUCUAUGACUGGGUUCAUCUGUUGCCAGUGAGUGGCCAUAUUUCCAAUAAUCUAGUUUGUACUUGUAAGAAAUACUCUAAAAUAACUACGUGUAAAGGGUCUCCAACCUAUUUGGGUGACACAGAUAGCUGAGGAAAGCUAAGCUGUGUAAGAGAGGUUUUGUUUUUCCAAAGAGGAAAGACCAGCUUGUUUCCCACUCCCAUUUUUUUCCUUGGUUCUGAAAAAGAUUGUGAAGUGAGAACAAGCAUAUAUUAUAAAUCUUGUAGUGAAGUGAUAUCCGCACUAUAACACACCUAUAUAACCCAAGCCCUAUGUGAUGGUUGUGUUGAUCUCCAUCCAUCCAUCCUUACCACUGAUGAUCCCCACUUAGGUAGAUUAACAGGGCCCUAGCUGUCCUUGCCUAUGUUUGUGUUAUACAAAUUGAUCCUAGAAAAUGAGUUGGAGAACAAGCUAGGUCUCCCAAGAACAUUCAAGAUUGGGCCCUUCCUUUAAAACAGAGAUUUUUCAUCUAAUAGACCUUCAGAUUCUGGAACUGUCUUCGAUCAAUACAUUUAGCAAUGGGAGGGGAAGGGAAAAACCCUGACACCGUUCCGACAAAACCUUUUGGCAACAAUCCCCUAAAUAGUUCCACUUGGAGCAAACGUAUUAUUUUUCUUCACUGCCUAAAACAUUUAAAUAUGAAGAAGCAAAAUGCUUGAAAAUUGCAAGCUGAGAUCAGAGUAAGGUGGAUUAUUUGGUAGAAUGGAUACUGCUCUAGGGAUGGUUUGCUGGUUGCUGUUUGUUUGCUGCUGGGUUUGUGUUUGCUUUUUGCAACACAGCUGAAGCAAGGAUUGUACAUGACUACUGUCUUUUAAAAAUGUGGUGCGUUCUACUGUCUAAACUGUGCCAUUAGAGGGCACCAGACAAUUUCUUGAGAUAGGUGAUAAUAUUCAUUUCGGCUUUCCGUAUGUUGCUCAUUUCUUCAUCAAUUCAUCAGGAGGAAUUUGAUGUUUAACAGAUGAAUGCUGGAGAAAGUGAAGCCAACAUAUUUGCCGAUCCAAACAGAGGCAUUGGAUAUGUAGGUUUUGACUCUGAAUCCUUGCAUUUUCUUCCACAUUGGAAGAAUUAGAAUUGCCACUUCUCUUUGUCCCUCUUACUCUUACCAUCAUUGUCUGUUUGUCUUAAAACUGGGUCCUCAUUUUAAAACCAGCUACGUAGCAGCCAGACGUGCCAGAUUGGAAACAUACUGGGAACAGCUGAAAGUAUUGCAUUUGGUCGGUGCAGAUGGUUGAGAAUUUCAUUUCCUUCUUUUGUGAACGUUACCUUCAUUUCUUCAUAGAUUUAACAGAAACAGAUUCAAGGAGCAAUGUGGGCAAAGAUGGAACCUGGCACAUUUUAUCCUUCUGUACUCAGAAAGGGUGUUUUUGUUCAGUGAAACUUCGCGAACAAUCCUUGCAAAAAAUUUAAAGAUGGUCUCCAUGGGCAAGAAAGUUUGCAUGCUCAUAGUCCAGUUGGAGUACACUGCUAGGCUGUGUGGUGCCAUGCAUUCACAGGGUGUGAUGGCUGUCCAUGCCAUACAUUUGUGGCAAGAUAAGCAUCUGUGAUGUGGUUUGAUGUUAGAAAUGGAGAUGGUGGGUCAGACUGAAAGCCUACCGAGUCCAACAGUGACCAUUGAUAAUCAGGGCGUGUGACGUAGAAAGCAAUUUUAUUCUGUCUCUGUGGUAGGCUGCCCCUGAAUAUGGAGGUGUCCUUCCUGGCCACUGUGGCUAAUGGUAACUGAUAAGCUUAUCCUCACCCCUCCUUUAAAGCCAUAUCUUUUACCAUCCAUCACAAUAUCUUACGGCAGUUCUGUCUGUCUCACACCACACAUCCCUAGAUUAUCUUAGUUAACAGACAUGUUGUGCCCAAAAUAACCCUUUGAUAUUACCCAUUGUGUCUGUUGUAGAAUUAUGCCAACGGAAAGGUCUCCGUAAAGCCAACACUGUUGUUGGGAACUGCCAGAGGCGAAGAAGAUCCCAUAUUCCUUCGUGGCUUCUUUAUUCUGUUCAUAAACCGCUGCCAUUUUGGCAGUCAGAAAACGUUUCCUUAUGUUCCAAUCAGAUCUACCUCCCAGUAGUUCAAAGCCAUCCAAUCUUGUCCUCCUCAGUGGACAUUGUGAACAGUUAUUCCCCCUCCUCUUUCUUUCCAGCAUUCUCUUAUGUGCUCCAUCUUAACCUUCUGUUUAUCAAGGCUUGCCUACUUUCUUCAAGCUUUUCUUGUAACGUUUAUCUUCUGGAGACUCCCAGCUUUUCUGAUGGGACUCUCUUUUCAGAUACUUUUAUAAUGGUCAAUGCAUCUUUCCUAAAUUGCCUAGUAAUUCAAAGCUGAAUUCCAUAUUCAUAUUCAUAUAUCACCCUGCUAUAUGUAUACCACUUCUUUUUUCAUUACCCAGUUUUUCUGCCAUUUCACGCUGGAAUCAUAGCAGUUGGUGUUUUACUCCAAUGGACAGAGGAACCCUUCAGCUACAAACGCCGCUCUGUGAUACCUCCAAAUAGCACCAUUUUUCUCAGCAGUCCCUCUCAAAAUGGUGACAGGAGGUGAUAGGACAUCAUUUUAUGCAGUGGAAAAUGAAGGUAUCUUGACUUGCAGGCCAGAACUGAUUUUUAAUAAUUCUAUUGACUGAUGAUGCGAAAAGUCCCAACUAUUUGAACAGUUCCAAACAAGUGCUCCCAGGUUUGCAGUGUGACCUCCUCUGUUCCUUUUGCAGAGGUGCAACUUCCCGCUCUCCUGCCCCUGCCAUAGACCUUCAUUUAUUCAUAUUAUUUUUGAUUCAUAAAAGUGCAUAUUUGUUAAAAAGCCUCAGCAGUGGCGUGGUGCACACAGAACAACGAACAAAAGAUACUAAAGCAUCCUGUGGCAGGAUUUUGUUUUAAGCCCAAUAAAAAAGCAACCACAAAAUCGGGUCUUCACCUGCCUCUUUCCAUCUCUUGCCAAGGUCUGGCAAAGAUGGGUUUCCUUUGGAAGGGGAGGGAUACAGAAUUGUGAGAGAUCACACAAAGGGAGUCUUUAAAAGCAGGAUACUUGGUGCAUAUGGCACUAUCUUCCUCUAGUGAGACUCACUUUUGUCUCCUGUGCUGAGCAUCUUGUUGCUUUCACCACCCCAGGCCAGUAUUUUUGGGGUUCCUGGGCUCAUGUGAAUGCCUCCUGUUAUUCUCUUCGGCAGACUUUGCUGAAUCCACAGUGACUACAUUCACAGCCGCACUGUGGCAGAAUACUCCCUGCAAGGCAGUACAAAAGUCCUUUAUUUUGCAGAGCUGCUUUUCAAAUGACCAAGUGAUAUCUAACUUUAUCCAGGGGGUGAUGGAUCAAUAUUGGAGGUGUACCCCAGAUUCCUGGUCCUUUGCUACUGAUAAAUUAUACACGUUCUUAAGAGCACCUUCAUACCAUAAUAGACAACUGGGCCAUCCAGUCCAGUGCGAUCUGUUCCAAAUGUUGACAGCUCUCCAGGUCCUUUGUAUUGGAUCCCAUAAAUAUGAAGGAUUGGAUAUAGGACCUUCAACAUGUAAAGAGUGUGUUUUGUCACGGAGCUGUGGCCUUCUCUUUUUUCACACCAUUGGUUAACACGUUUUUCUUGCAUUCUGCCAGAGUUUGAAGCUCUAAACCUGGGGGUCAACCAGAAAUAGCAAAUGGACAACCCAGUUAAUAAUACAUAAAUCUUAUUUGGAUACUAUACUUCAGUCUUUAAGCUUCAGCUUGCUGAAAGGAAACAGAACGACACAGAAAUUUCACACCACAAAAUCCAUGCAGGAUACUAAAGCUAGGAAUGUCUGCACUUUGUUCUGUCCCUAAUAAGAUACAUAAAAUAUUCUGAGCAGUGGCACAUUGGCUUGAGUGCUGGACUAGUACUCCAGCAAACCAAGGUUCAAAUCCUCACUUGGCCAUGGAAAAUCCCUUGGGUAAGACAAUGGCCUGUUACAGACAGCCAAAAAAAAAGCUGCU